AUGGAAAAAAUUUGGGUUGACAAAACCAUUAAAUCACACAGAGACACGUUUUUGUCUGGCCUUUCGACAGGUGCUCCCAACCCAACAGGCAAAGGAAAACGACUCAUUAUAGUCCAUAUUGGAUCAGAAGAAGGAUUCGUCAAUGGUGGUCUGCUGGUAUUCGAAUCGAAAAAAGGAUCAGCUGACUACCAUGACGAAAUGAACGGGGAUUCAUUUUUUGAUUGGAUUAAAGGUGUCAUUCCAUUGUUAAAAGACAACAGUGUCAUAGUAAUGGAUAAUGCACCUUACCAUUCGGUGAAAGUCGAACGAUGUCCAACAAUGAGUUGGAAAAAAAUAGACAUAGAAAGUUGGCUGGAACAAAAGGGCGAGGUUUAUGAAAAGCCACAUAACAAAGUUGGUCUCAUGAACAUUGUUAAUCGGAUUAAACCGCAGUUUAACAAAUACGUCAUUGACGAGUAUGUCAAAUCCAAAAAUAUGGUCGUAUUACGUUUACCGCCGUAUCAUUGUGAACUGAAUCCGAUUGAGCUAGCAUGGUCGUCUGUCAAAAGGUACAUCAAAAUGAAUAAUUCAACAUUUAAGCUACCCGAUGUCAAAAAGCUCGUUAUUGAAGGUAUCAAUGAAUGCGGCCCCGAAAAAUGGAAGAACUUCGUCAGUCACGUAAUUGACGAAGAAAAAAGAUUCUGGGACAUCGACUUUGUCGUGUAG